AUGCCUCCUGUCCGGACAGUGAAGCACGAGACCGAUGUCAUAGUGCCCAGGGCGGGCGAGACCUACGUCGCCGACGACGGCACUGUCUCGCAAGUGUUGGACGACCACAUCGAUGCAAACUACGAGCCAACGGAGGAGGAGGUGCUCGAGUUUGCCGACUGGAUUGGCAUGAAGCUGCCGCAAGAUUCGGAGUUUCUGUGGCUAGCACGCGAGGGCCUCAAAACGCCGCUGCCAAAGGAGUGGAAGCCAUGCAGCACGAACGAUGGCGAGAUUUACUACUUCAACUUCAAGACGGGCGAGAGCAGCUGGGACCACCCGAUGGAUGGCAUCUUUCGCCAGCGGCUCGAGCAGGAAAAGGAGAAGGCCCGCGCUCGCAAGCCGGCGUCGGCGGCGAGCAGCACUGCCGCUAACCGGAGUACUAGCGGGCUAAACAGCAGGACGCCUAGCAACACCACCUCAGCAAUACCGCAGAUGCACGUUAUGUUGACCGACACAGGCGUGCUGCGGCGGGACGCUGGGCCAGGCGCUGCACCAGGGCCCAGUCCUGUCGUGACUUCGAUUAGCGGUGGCUCGAAAGACGUCGGCGCUGGCAAUGCCCGCAGCGAAGCCAAGUCAAUCAUGCACUACCCUCUACAGCAGCAGUCGCGGUCAACGACAGUGACAACACGCACAACAGCGAAUCCCCAGAGCGCCGCUAGCUCGUCCACCAGCACAGCUGCUGCCGACGGCAAUCCUGUGCGUGCCUCCUCCGGACCUGCCCCAAAGAAAGUCGGGGCCGCCGAGGCGUCAUCUGCCGCCCCGGCCCGCCUCGUUUCGGAGGCUGAGCGCGCGUUGGAGGAGCGUGUGCAGCGGGAGAUGCAGCUGGCCCUUGAGGCGGAGCGCUCCAAGAUUGAGGAAGCUCAUCAAGGAACCAUGUCCGCUCUCCAGUCCAACUUUGACAAAGAUGUGGCGGAGAUGCGCAGCGCGGACGCUGCACGCCGUGCCGCGUCAUCGCGGCAGGAGGAGGAGGAGCGCGAGCGCCGCCUGCAGCAGACACGAAACAUGUGCGAGGAUAACUACGGCGAUGAGUUGCGGUCGCUGGAGCGUGAGGCAGAGUCCUACGCGGCGAAACUGCAGAAACUGGAGGCGGAGGCCGCCCGCGCCACCUCCGGCAACACGCAGCGAGCCGCCGUUGAGGCCGAACUCAAGACAGCGCUAGCGAAACAGCGCGCUGAUGCGGUAGCAGAUAUCAAGAAGCAGUGCGAUGCAGCGAUGGAAGCCGCUCGGUCUGCCCACGCUGCCGCUAUGCAGAAGGUUCGUGACGAGGAGCAGGACAGGAUUGCGGCAGCACAGCAGGCGUGGCAGCGCAAGUUCGAUGAGGAGGAGCGUGCGUUGGCGCUGCAAGCGGAGAUUCAGCGAAAGUCAUUGGAGGGGCAGCUGAAGGAGCUAGGUGAAAAGCUUGCCAGCCUAGCAGCACGCGCGGGGGCUGGCACUACGACAGUCACGCCCCCAGCAACUGGCUCGUCGCCGCCUGGCAGCGGAGAAUCUCUUAGCGAGCGACUGGCGCGUGUUGCCGCUGCCAAGGCAGGUCAGCUGCAAGACAUCGAGGCGGCUGCCGCCCGAGAGCAGGCCGUCGUGCGCACGGACGGUGAGGCGGCUUUGGCGGAGUUGGCGAAGCAGGUCCAGCUAGCACAGCAGGCGGCGCCGCUUCUUGCGGGAGGCGCCACGCCGAUCGGUUCGUUGAGCCGUGUGGCUUCGUGCGCGCCCGAUCGAUCGGGUGUUGUUACCCUGCAAGGCGGUGCGCGGCCCACUUCCGCGACCCUCAGCGUCGCCUUUACGCAGGAGCUAAACCGGAUCCGGCUUGCGCGAGGCAAGGACCGGCAAGAGCGCCUGGCGAAACUACGCGCCGACCGCGAGGCAGCGCUGGCGGCUAUCGAGGCGCUCUCCCACUCUGCUUCCACUGCAAGGAGUCGCGGGUCCGACACCGGCGGCGGCACUGAGACAACACCCAAGAGCGGCAGCGGUUGCAGCCAGAGCACUGUAGAGGGGCUGAAGGCCGCUCACGCGGUGAAGCUCGAAGCGAAAAGGGCGCUCUACGCCAAGAUGGAGGAGGAUCUGAAGCAGCGGUACGCAUGCGAGGCCGCCGAUGCGGCAGGGGCGACGACGGCGAUGCAGCAAGGCGCCCUGGUUGCCAAGGCAGUGGACACGGAGAUGGAUUUGUACAUCCAGCAGGCCACCGCGCGGUACGAUCGCGUACGUGCUGAAGCCGCGGCGAAGCGCGACAAGGCGCUGGCCGACCACCAGCUGGCGAUGGAGGCUUACGAGCGGCGAAAACUAGAGGCGGAGACUCGCCAGACGCGAGAGCAGCAAGAGGCGCAAGAGGCCUUUAUCCAAAGCCGCCUCGACACCGCCGUGGCAGCGGAGAGGACGAAGCUGGCCGCUGAGCAUGCAACAGCCAUGGCGCGUCUGGCUGCGCGGUACGAUGAGGAGCGCGACGCCGUGAAGGCGGAGGUGGAGGAGGAGAUGGCCGCCUAUGAGGCAGCCGUGCGGCAGGAGAUCAAGACCUCAGCGAGCGCGACAGCGGCGUCUAGUGACAAAGUUCAGGGGGCGGAAGCGCCCUCUGCCACGGCUGACACCCGAGAAGGUACAGCAGCGACAGAGGGACUUUGCUCGCAGGUGGAAAAGCAGCACGCCGACCGGCACGCGGAGUGGACGUCUAGGCAGCGCAUCCAAGCGGCGCAGCGAGCGGCACUGGAGGAAAAGCAGGCUGCGCUGCAGGCACAGAAGCGGCGUGCCGAGCAGCAUGUGGAGGCGUUGAAGGAGGAGGUCGCCCAUCUCGUCGCGGCCGUGCAGGCCGCCGGGGCCCAGCAGCCCUCUCCUUCCACUCCUUCACGUCCGCCACCUGCGUCGACCUUGGCGAGUGUGGCGACCGCGGGCGGCCAUCUGCGAGCUAUGCACGAGGCAUCGAUGCAGGCCCUCGAGCAAGGUUACCGCUCUCAGGAAGCCGCCCUGGAAGCCGAGCUGCAGACGUGGCGAGGCAAGAUACGUGCUCUUCAGCAGUCGCAGCUGCAGCAAUCGUACGUGUCAACCAGUUUGAGCACUCCACGGCAGCAGGUGCUCACCGACACUGCCCACCUUGGAAGUGUGGCGAUGCGCCCGACAUCGGCGUCAUACGUACUCCACCGCCAGCCGAGCCCCAUCGCUACUGCGGCUGCUGGCGCAUCGCUGCUGAGCACGCCGACAAUCUCUAUGCCGUUGGAAGACUCGCCUUGGCAGCCCACCACCCGCGCUGGCUUGCCACCACUGCAAACUGGAAGGAUGACUGGCGGCCCUUCGUUGACUACCCGUGUGCCAGGCACCACCGAGGUGAUUCUGUCCUAUCAACAGCGACAGCGCGUUCUGCAGGAGCGUCAAGCCUCGCUAGAGGCAGCUCGUGAGGCGUGGCAACUUCACCGGAGGCGGAAAGCAGAGCUGCAGCAGCAGGAGCAGAGCCGCUCAAACCUCAGUGCCCUUGCGGCCGCUUCGCAGCACGAUCCAAGGCAUGAGGCUCUCGAGGCAAGCACACUGGGCGCCGUUGGUGGCGUGCACCGCAGUCGUCAAGAGCUGCUCAGCCUCGCUUUGUCUCGCCUUAUUGAACGCCUUGACGCCGUGACGGGACAGGCUGUGCAGCUGCAGCACCAGCACCAGCAGCAGCGCUAUUCCCGCAGCCAAUUUGCAACGCGUGCAGGCGUCCGCGCUGAGACGGCGUCCUUGCCGCACGCGCGCGCACACAGCGCGCAUAGCCAUCACCACGGUGCUCGCGGUCCACCACAGCGGGGCAGCGUGAUGCCCAUGACCGCCCUUCAGCCCCGUCACUUGACGCUAAUGAACGCCGCCGCUGCCGCCUCCUCGGCCAAGGUGGUACCAUCCACAAAGCCGUCGUCUUUUUCGGACAUGGCGAAGGCCUCCCAAUCUGUACAGCACAGCAGGGGCAGAAACAGCGUUGGCGGCGCCGAGGGCGGGACGCGCCGCGGUGGCGCUUCGCCUGGCAACGUCUCAUCCAAGUGGAGCAUGCUCUUGUCACAGCAACACCGUCACCGCAGUAGAUGA